GUCUUGACUGGACCUUAUGAGCGUAGAGGCAGAGCUGACAGGUUUUCAGAAGAACAAGGAAUUACUGAACAGGUUAAUUAGCAUAUAUGAGACACCAUUCAAGUUACCUCAACGAUUCUGGAAUCUCCACAAGCAAGAAGUUGACUCCGUUCCUCAAUCUGUAGUUGAAGCUGCUAUAUCAAAUUUGAAUGUGGACAUUAAAUCUCGAACGCAAAAAGCAUAUCCACCGCAAGCGGUUCGAAAGCUUAUAGAGUCGAUGGAAUAUGAUCGGUUACAACAAGCUCGGCCAAAGUCAACACGGCUGGAGAAGAUGAUGCCAUUUGACGUGGAUGAUCCCAUUGCCUGGAUAACAUCGUAUCCCUCUCCAUGGCAUGAUAAUAGUGGUGACUCAAAUCGUGAUAUCAUCAAGCUGCGCCGGUACGUAGAGAUUAGAAAGAUUCUCGAGCGAAAGAUUCACAUUUAUUUGGAGGCAAAAAGGAAGUUGAGGCAAUAUACAAAUUUGUACAAUGAUAUCAGCCAACUUGAUGUAUUGUCCAUAGAACAUAUGGAUAAAGAUGAUGAACUUUACGAAGAGAUCAAUCGCACGCGAGUAUUGACGGAAAGGCUGAUCCAUAAAUUGAAGCAAACACCUGUAAUUAGAAGCUUGGAUGAAGGAGACGUUAAGGAAGUUCACAGUAUUGACAAGAUAACGAAAGGCUUACUAUGGCAAUAAAAGAUUUAAUGAACGGGUUUGGCUUGCUUGAUGUCAGACUUUCCGCUAUUACUCGGUCCGUAUUUCAUGUGACACACUCGACCCCCACCGCUUCA